AUGAGUGCUGGAAAAUUAGAGGAUAAAAUGAUGAGUGUAAAAAAAAUUGUUGCAUAUUUUGAAGGAGAUAAAAAGAAAUUAAAAUUACCAGAAAUUUAUUACAAGAUUUUUUUGGAUGAAGGAAAACCGGAUGAUAAUGCUGAAGAUGAUGACGAAUAUUACAGCAGUACAAGUGAUGGUUUAAAUCAUCACCGUCAAAGACAGGAAGGUCAGUUGGCAGAAGUGAACAGGAAUGCUCAAUAG